GGAGGAAAAUCAGUGAGUGUGUGUUGAACGACGUGCACACACACCUCCACGAUCGUUCUUUCAAAUACACGAACGCGCCCAGGGUCCGCAGAGCACGCCAGUGAGCUUUCGAUUGGACUAUCGAUCGAUCGGCGCGCGGGGGGAGAGAGAGAAAGAGAGAGAGAGAGAGAGAGAGAGAGAGAGCACAUAGAGCUGAGAAAAACGCGAGCCCAGGCUACUGACGGGGUAGGCGCUAUUGAUUUUCACAAGGAGAGACGGAUAAAAAGAGAGAUAACAAGAGAGAGAGAGAGAGAGAGAGAGAGAGAGAGAGAGAACAAGAGAGAGAGAGAGAGAGAGAGAGAGUACAUGGAGCUGAGUCAAACGCGAGCCCAGCCUAGUGACGGGUUAGGCGCUAGUGAUUGUGAUAAGGAGAGAGAGAGAGAUAAAAAGGGGUUGGGGGGGGGGGGGAAGAGUGAGAGAGAGAGAGAGAGAGAGAGGAUACUGAGUUUCGUACCUUGUGUAAUGGUGGAAGUGUUCUAGUAUGUUGUGGGUUCUCUCUCUAGUCCUCCAUCUUUUCUCGUUGUCGAAGCCUUGAGGUUUUCCGUUUUCAUUCUCUGACGAGGUGCGUGGAGCUCUUCCGUGGCGACUAGGGAACAGGGACAUCGACUCGUGGAUUGAGUUUAAGAAGCGCGGCAAGCGGAAAGAGAGAGCGGUGAAUCGAAUCGACAGACACCAAGGAGUGCGCACUGCACCACACCCCCCCCCACACACACUGCAGAGGAGCGGUCACGCAGUAUAGGAGAUUCACCGCACCGAGACGUGUUUGGCGGGCGACAGCUGGCACAGUGAACAAGAAUUAUGGCGGGAACAAAAAUGGCGGGAAGAGUGGAUAAGAGCGCGCGCAAGGGCGUUCGCGCUGCAGCUAGUGCUAAUCUGGCUGCCAUGACAUUUCUGUUCUGUCUGGCGGCCACGUGUCUGGUGGCCGUGCUGCUUCUGAGUAGUGGUCCUUCUCCUGCGGAGGCGCAGUCGUGUCGAAGGAUGGAGUUGAUGGUGGAUUGCAAGAGAUUUCGCAGAGUGCGGUCGAAGGCGAUGUGUUAUAGAGAAUGCCUUAGGCGGCAAGGCCAGAAGACUUUCCCGCCAUUCGGAAAAUGCUGUUCCGUGGCGAGAUACAUCUCCCAACCGCGAAAGUGGAUUAGUGGAAGGGUUUGCUGCGUCGUGCGAUUCGUGCGACCGGUCGCUCGUCGGGGUUCCAUUCGCGCGUGCACGUGCCCUCGCCGAGGCUGAGGGUGAGGAUUGAGGGAGAGGGAGAGGGAGAGGGAGAGGGUUACACACACCCCUCUGCUGCGUGAAAUCUUAGGAGAAAGGACUGUCGAUCAACGACGUGAAAUCGGAGCAGCAGCAGGAGGAGGAGGAGGAGGAGGAGGAGGAGGAGGAGGUAAGAGCUGAGAAUACGGUCCUCCUCCGUGAAGGAGAAAAAACAGGUGGCAGAGGGUGAAAUGGAUAAAUGGGCGAAGGAAUUGCAGGGGCAGGAAAGGAAGUUGGACGGGGGUAAAUGUGGAAGGUACAGCAGCAAUCAGGACUAGACUGUUAAUUUAACGAAAAAUAGGAAUAGGAAGGGGGGGAGGGUGAAUUGGAAAAACAGGCGAGGAAUUGGAGGGGCAGGAAGGGAAGUCCGAGAAAAGGGGCAAUGUGGAAAACUCAUCAGGAACCAGGACACCACUCUCGAUGCACGACAACACAGUGGGAGGGUAAUUUGGAGAAUUAGGCGACGGAUUGGAAGGGCAUGGAGUUCAACGAGAGGGUACAUGCGGAAGAUGCAGCAACUACCAGCUGAGGACAGGAUACGAGUUAAUUAAUGACGAAUGGUAGGAGGAAGGAGGGUAAAUUGGAGAGAGGGGCGAUGAAGGGAGGGGUAUCAAAGGGAAAUUGGUCGAGGGACAACGGUUUUGCAGGCUAGAUGACUUGUCUUCCUUCUGGCAAAUGUCUGGACUCACGAUCCCGAUCCCGAUCCCGAUCCGGCUCGUUGGUUCGCCCGUGCAUAUAGUCGCGUACUUUGGAUGGAUGCAAAAUUACAUAUGCAUAUGCUAUGAUCGACAGUGUCCAAAACAGGAAAGCAAUGGCCAAAGAUUUUUUUUAUUUUUUUAUUUUUUUUUUCCAAAGAUAUUGUGCCUUUGGCCUUGCUUGGGUUGUGUGUGUGUGCUUCACAUCUUUGGGUCGGGACGAGAGAGUUGACGAGAGAGUUGAGACUGUGAGCGGCAGAGGGGCAAAACGGGGAAAUGAACGGAGUUCUAUCCUGAUUAAGGUACGGUCAUCAUGAUGACGAACAUAGAUGAAGUAAACCAGAUUCGGUAUGGGCCAGUAGACAGUUGAAGGAGAUCUAAUCAUCGGUUAAGGAUAUCUAACCAGCGGUUAAGGAGAUCCAGGCAACUGCCCAGUUGGAUAUGAAGCAGAUCCAGUCAGCGAUCGAUUUAUGAGAUCUAAUCGUCCACGAGGAGGAGGAGGAGGAGGUGGAGGAGGAGGAGGAGGAGGAGGAGAAGAGAGAUUGGCAUCUAUCGGGAAGCAAAUACUUGAGGGGUGCAAAUGUGUGUGUGUGUGUGUGUGUGUGUGUGUGAGAGAGAGAGAGAGAGAGAGAAAGAGAGAGAGAGAGAGGCUGCGAGUAGUGAGCGGCAGAUAAAGAGUGGGAGUGACA